AUGGUCAGCUCCUGCUGCUUUGCUCCUGCCUGCUGCCAGCCAACAUGCUGCAAGACAGUCUGCUGCAGAACAACUUGUUGUAAGCCAACCUGCUUUGUGCCCAGUUGCUGCCAACCUUGCUGUCAGCCAUCCUGUUGUGAGUCCAGCUGCUGUCAGCCGACAUGCUGCAAGACAGUCUGCUGCAGAACAACUUGUAAACCAAUCUGUUGUGAGUCCAGCUGCUGCCAACCUUGCUGUCAGCCAUCCUGUUGUGAGUCCAGCUACUGUCAGCCAACAUGCUGUAGGACAGUUUGCUGGAAAAAAACUUGUUGUGAGCCAACCUGCUGUGAGUCCAGCUGCUGUCAGCCAACAUGCUGUAAGACAGUCUGCUGCAGAACAACUUGUUUUAAACCAAUCAGUUGUGAGUCUAGCUGCUGCCAACCCUGCUGUCAGCCAUCCUGCUGUGAGUCCAGCUGCUGCCAACCUACCACCUGUAGCUCUAGCUGCUGCACACCUUGCUGCCAAACAAGUUCUUGUGAGCCAACCUGCUGUGUGCCCAGCUGCUGCCAACCUUGCUGUCAGCCUUCAUGCUGUCAGCCAACUUGCUGCAAAACAAUCUGCUACCAUUCACCCUGCUAUAGCCCCAGCGGUUGUGGGUCCAAUUGCUGCUCCCCAUCCUGCUGUUGA